AUGCCUGAGGAACACUUGGAUGAGAGAUUAGGAGUCAAGCGCCCUCGUCCCCCACCGAUCACGUCGGGCAUCACCUCAAGGAGUGAUUCGGUGGGCUCUGACACACACAUUACUCCACGAGCCCCCCUGCCCUCGGUGCGGAAGUCUGUCUUUGUUUCUCCGCCAGUAUCCGCCACCGCGAGCGUGCAGAGCACAACGCCUAGUACACCCACCACGACCCCGGUCACUGUUGGAGCACAGGGCGGCGAACGCAUCUCGAAGUGGAGCUCGUUGCUUUGCGCUGCACUGAUGCAGGGACGCGAGCAAGCGGAAGAAACGCGCGUAAGUGCUCUCGCGGUACGCAUCGCGUCUGCUAUACCAGGUGACAGGGGUACAUCCGCAGACGGAUUCCGCGUGCUUUUGGUGAAUCUAAAAGAUACCAAGAACACCAUAUUGCGAAGGGACAUAAUUGAUGGACGGUUGCCUGUAGAGGUGUUAGUGCACAUGACGGAGCGAGAUUUGCUGAAUCCCGAGGCGCGGAGGAGACAAGAAGAGGAAUUUCUGGCGCGUAGCAAAGACACCGAUUUGACAGAAAUACGUAAGGCUACGGCCACCAAGUCAACACUUUUUCAGUGUCCGUCGUGUAAGGCGAGAAACUGUACGUGGACGCAAAAGCAGACGCGGUCAGCUGAUGAACCCAUGACAGUGUUCUGCUUCUGCAAUGUCUGCGACCAUAAGUGGAGACGCUAUUGA